CAGACACCACAUCUAUUCCCGCUACCCACGUACCCACCCCACGAGUCACAGCCGAACUCCAUCCUCCAUUCCUUCCUCUCGACGCUUCUCUCUCAUGCCGUUAAUGGCGCUCGCGGGACCCCCCUUCCCCCUCCCCGCCGCCAGCCCUUCCUCCCGCAUUCCCGCCAAUUCCAACCUCCGGCAGACGGUCGCUGCCGGCGCCGCCACCACCACCUCCACCUCGUCCACAACCGAAGACCAUUCCAAGCCUCGCGAAUUCCAGUACAGCCGAGCCGAUCCCUCGGUGCGAUGGCCCAACCUCAAGCUCGACCACUCGUUCCACCCCAAAUUCCCCUCCCCUUCCCCCCCCAUCGCCACCCCCAACGUCCCAUCCGUGGGUACCCAUUCCCCCGAAACCCAGGAAGAAAAACCCCCCGAAACCGUAGGAGAAGAAUCCACCGAAACCCUAGACGGCAAGCAGUUGCGGACCCGGUCCAAGAAGAUGUCGAAGCUCGCCCUUCAGCGCGCCCGGGACUGGCGGCAGCGCGUCCAGCUCCUCACCGACCGGAUCCUUGCCCUUCCCCCCUCAGCCCUUGUCGCGGACGUCCUCGACCACCGUGGCGUCCAGAUGACCCCCACUGACCUCGCCUUCGUCGUCAAGUGGGUUGGCCGCCACAGCUGGGCCCGCGCCCUCGAGGUGUUCGAGUGGCUCACCCUUCGUCGCCGCCACGCCCCUGGCCCCCGCCUCCUCGCCAUCAUCAUCUCCGUCCUCGGCCGCGCCCACCAGGACGCCCUCGCCGAGGAGGUCUUCCACCUCUCCGACACUGGGGAGCCCUCCGUCCAGGUGUUCAACGCCAUGAUGGGGGUGUACGCCCGGACCGGGAGGUUCACCGAGGUCCAGGAGCUGCUGAAUACGAUGCGCGACCGGGGGCUCGAGCCCGAUCUCGUGAGCUUCAACACCCUCAUCAAUGCCAGGGCCAAGGCGGGAUCUUUGCCCGCCGGCUUGGCCCUGAAGCUCCUCCAGGACGUCCGGGAUUCCGGGCUCAGGCCUGACACUAUUACCUACAACACCCUCAUCAGCGCCUGCUCCCAUGGCGCCAAUCUGGAGGAGGCGAUGAGGGUUUUCGAGGACAUGGAGGCUUCCCGUUGUCAGCCCGACCUCUGGACCUACAAUGCCAUGGUAUCAGUGUACGGCCGGCGUGGGAUGACCCGAGAGGCGGCGCGCCUAUUCCGUGAAUUGGGUGAGAAGGGCUUCUCGCCGGAUGCAGUUACCUAUAACUCUCUGCUGUAUGCUUAUGCCAGGGAGGGGAAUGUGGAAAUGGUUGAGAGGGUUUGCAAGGAAAUGGUCGAUGCAGGGUUUAAGAAGGAUGAGAUAACCUAUAACACCUUCAUUCAUAUGUAUGGGAAACAGGGGAGGCUUGAUUUAGCCCUCCAGUUGUAUGAUGACAUGAAGUCAGAGGGGUGCGCUCCCGAUGCUGUGACCUAUACUGUGCUGAUCGAUUCGCUUGGAAAGGUUGAUAGAAUCGCUGAAGCAGGGAAGGUGAUGUCGGAGAUGGUAGAUGCUGGGGUGAGGCCCACUCUAAGGACUUUCAGCGCUCUUAUUUGUGGAUAUGCCAAGGCCGGGAUGCGGGUUGAGGCGGAGCAGACAUUUGAUCAUAUGGUGAGGUCAGGCAUCAAGCCAGAUCGUCUAGCUUAUUCAAUCAUGUUGGAUAUUUUUUUGAGGUCUAAUGAGAUUAGGAAGGCGAUGGCAUCAUACCGGACUAUGAUGCGUGAUGGGUUUUGGCUGGACAAUGGCCUGUAUGAGGCCUUGCUUGGAGUUCUUGUAAAAGCAAACAAGAAUGAGGAAAUCGAAGAAGUUAUUAAGGACAUGGAGGAGGUGUGUAGGAUGUGUCCACAAGUGAUAUCGGCACUUCUUGUCAAGGGUAAAUGCUUUGUACAUGGAGCUGAGGUUUUAAAGAAGGCUGUUGCCCAAGGCCAAGAGUUUGAUCAUGAUAUCUUGUUAGGUAUAUUGGAUGCCUAUGUGGCAUCGGAGAGGCAAACAGAAGCACUUGCUUUGCUUGAGUUUCUAAGGGAACAUGCAACCAACUCCAAUCAUGUGAUAACCGAGGCUUCCAUAAUGAUGCUGUGUAAAAAUCGCCAGAUGGAAGCUGCUAUUGAGGAGUAUAACAAGAUGAGGAUGAUAGGUUAUGAAUCAUUUGGCAGAAAUUCUAGCCUGUAUGAAUACUUGAUCACAUGCUGUGAAGAAGCUGGAUUGCUCAGUGAAGCCUCGCAGUUGUUCUCUGAUAUGAAGUUUCUUGGCCUUGAACCUUCUCAAAAGAUCUAUGAGGGUAUGGUUAAUAUAUACUGUAAAAUGGGAUUCCCAGAGACAGCUCAUCAUUUGGUAGAUCAGGCUGAAAAAGCCAGUAUUUCAUUCAGUGAUCUUUCAACUUAUAUCUUUCUGAUUGAGACAUUUGGAAAGCUAAAGCUUUGGCAGAAGGCUGAGAGCUUUGUCUGGAAACUCGGACAGAUUUCUGCUGUUGAUAGAAAAAUCUGGAAUGCUCUAAUAUAUGCGUAUGCUGAGAGUGGUCGCUAUGAGCAAGCAAGAGCAGUCUUUAAUAUGAUGAUGAAAAAUGGUCAUUCACCGUCUAUAGACUCUGUUAAUGGUCUUAUGCAAGCAUUGAUUGUUGAUGGGAGGCUCAAUGAGCUGUAUGUUGUCAUUCAGGAGUUGCAAGAUAUGGAUUUUAAGAUUAGCAAAAGUACUGUUCUUACCAUGCUUGAUGCCUUUGUGAGAGAUGGAAACAUCUUUGAGGUAAAGAAGAUAUAUAAUGGUAUGAAGGCAGCUGGGUAUUUGCCAACUCUGCAUAUGUACAGAAGCAUGAUUGGUUUGCUCUCCCGUGGAAAACGAGUCAGGGAUGUUGAAAUGAUGGUUGCUGAGAUGGAAGAGGCUGGAUUCAAACCGGAUCUUAACAUCUUCAACUCACUCCUUAAGAUGUACACAGCAAUUGAGGAUUUUAAGAAGACAUCAGAGAUAUAUCAGAGUAUUCAAGAAGCCGGCUUCAAAGCAGAUGAGGAUACAUAUAAUACCCUUAUAGUGAUGUAUAGUAGAGAUCGGAGGCCUGAAGAAGGUUUUACUCUUUUGAAUGAGAUGAGAAAGCAGGGUCGUGAGCCCAAGUUAGAUACUUACAAAAGCUUAUUGGCUGCAUGUGGUAAAGAACAGCUAUGGGAACAAGCUGAAGAACUUUUUGAAAGUAUGCGGUCAAAGGGAUAUAGGUUGGAUCGUUCCUUCUAUCACAUAAUGAUGAAGAUAUAUAGGAAUUCUGGCAACCAUUCUAAAGCCGAACACUUGCUAUCCUUAAUGAAAAAGGAUGGUAUUGAGCCAACGAUUGCCACCAUGCACAUGCUUAUGGUUUCUUAUGGCAGUGCUGGGCAGCCUCAGGAGGCAGAAAAUGUGCUUAAUAACUUGAAAAGUUCUGGCCUGGAUCUCAGUACAUUGCCAUACAGUUCUGUUAUUGAUGCCUAUCUCAAAAAUGGUGAUUAUAACUUGGGAAUAAUGAAGCUGUUGGAGAUGAAGAGAGAUGGAGUGGAACCGGACCAUAGAAUAUGGACAUGUUUUAUUAGAGCUGCAAGUUUGUGUGAGAAAACUAAUGAAGCAAUGGUUCUUCUUAAUUCACUAUGCGAUAUUGGGUUUGAUCUUCCUAUCAGGCUUCUGACUGAAAAAACUGGGUCACUGGUCAUGAAGGUUGACUGUUUGCUCGACGAACUAGGGCCCAUGGAAGACAAUGCUUGCUUUAACUUUGUCAAUGCAUUGGAAGACCUCCUCUGGGCCUAUGAACGUCGUGCCACUGCUUCUUGGAUUUUCCAACUAGCAAUCAAGAAAAACAUAUAUCGCCAUGAUGUGUUUCGGGUUGCAGAAAAAGAUUGGGGAGCUGAUUUCCGAAAGUUGUCUGCUGGUGCUGCUCUUGUUGGACUUACUUUAUGGCUUGACCACUUGCAAGACGCUUCACUGCAGGGGUCUCCUGAGUCACCAAAGUCUGUUGUUUUAAUUACAGGGACUGCUGAAUACAACAUGGUUUCCUUGAACAACACUCUGAAAGCAUACCUUUGGGAGAUGGGCUCGCCAUUUUUACCAUGUAAAACCCGUAGUGGGGUCCUUGUGGCAAAAGCUCACUCCCUUAGGAUGUGGUUGAAGGACUCUUCUUUCUGCAUGGACCUUGAGUUGAAAGAUGCAUCAUCUCUUCCUGAGUCAAAUUCAAUGAAACUCAGUGAGGGAUAUUUCAUGAGAGCUGGUCUUGUUCCAGCCUUUAAGGAUAUACAUGAGCGACUGGGGGAAGUGAGACCUAAGAAGUUUGCCAGGUUGGCUUUAUUGCCAGGAGAGAAAAGAGACAAAGUCAUCAAAGCUGAUAUAGAAGGUAGGAAGGAAAAGCUGCAGAAAUUAAAGAAAAAGGGUGCUGUCAGAGCAAGGAAGCCAACAAGAUUGCGGACAGGCAAAAUUAUGAGGCGGCAGCAUAAAGCAGAAACAACUUCAAAUUAGUUGAAUAUGUUAUGCAGACAAGCUUCCUAGCUAAAAGUCUCAAUUACCUGUGAGAGAGUCUGAAGCAUUGGAGCUGCUGAUGACAUGUUCAUUCUUCAGUGCAUCACAAGAUUAUGCUUGAAUCACCGACCAACUGAAGCAAGGAAACAUUAACUAACAGAUAGAAACUCAAAACCAUCAUCUUAACCAUCAAGCCUUAUCCCAACUAUGUGGGAUGGAUCCUCAUUCACAAAGAAUUCUAUUUCGGGCCACCUCCAAUGUAAAAUGUGGCACAAUAGAUUUGUUUGACAAAAGCGACCAUAUGAGGGCCUUGGACUAAUCAUGUUCAUCAGAUCUUCCUGACAUUUUUCUUCGAGUUGUUGGGGCCAUCUUGACAUAUGGCAACUAAACAUUUUGUGUUCUGUUAGUUGAUAACUUCUCUGGUUUCUGGAUGUUUGGUUCCAAUCUUAUUUACAAUGGUGGGGAGAUUACCAGGCCAGUUUACAGAACCUGAUAUAUAUAUAUAUAUUAUGACAUUUCCAUGAGCUUUGGAAAAUAAGUCCUUAAGUCAUGCUACAGAAUUUCAUCCAAAAAUUUUUUAUAAGUUGGUGCUUUUAUCUGUAACAAGUUGCACCACCAAUUGGAGUAGCAUAUUUUUAUUAACAUGCUUUUGUCAUCUAAUAUCUUGGUUUAUAUUUUAACUGACGAAUAUGCACCUGGAAUUUAGUUGUUUUUUGUCUGUAUUUUGCAGUGCUUCUCCCGAAAAGAUGUGACAAUGCAUUAAAGUUGCAGGCAUGCUCAUUCUUGGCCAUGGAACCUGAUUUUCCUGACUAAUCUAGUUCUUGGUUGCAUGAAUGGAUUUAUUGGUGAGAAGGAUGACCUCCUACUGGACAUGUUUCCACCCCUUUACUUUGAUGCUUUAUCCUAAUAUGCCAUUCUGAUCAUGUCUCGUCCCCUAAAUGUUGCAUUCUGAAUGAUAUGACUGUAUAUGUUGUAAUGGAAUAGUUCAUAUGCUAAUAGAGCUGUUGCUGUGCUGAAAAACCUGGAUGAUUUUUAAAAAUGGAUGCCUAUAAGAUAUAUAUGCUGUUGUAUUCUUGUCACCUGAAGUAUUAGUAUGUGCCAGUUCCUCUUCUUGCGUUUAGUCCUGAAUGGAUGCGUGUCUUAUCAGAUAGCAGCUGUCACUUGCACAUUACAAUUACAUAAGUACAUGCUUGGAGUUUGUCUGAUAUAUGUGAAAAUAUCAAGUUUCUUAGUUAAUGAAAGCAGGUUAAGCUCAAAGACUGAAAAGCUCAUCAUUCAAAUGGAAGACAUUGUGUUUAUCAGGCUAUGCUUGAGGUUAAUUGGGCAGAUUAUGAUUGGUCGCUGAUGCUUCUUCUUCUUCUUUUACAAAAAAAAGAUCAUGAUUGGAUUCCAGCAGCUUUCCUGGUGAUGCAAGAUCGAUGACCACAUGAUAGAGAUCACACCAGGGUUUGGCAACUGCAUAGGUCACUGUGAUGAUUACUAGCUCUCGACGUACUCAGAAGCUCAAGAAACAACUUGGACUCAGAAACUUUCUGCAUAGGAUGCACACAUCUGCUCAGAAAGAAAAUGAAGCAUGGCCUUGACUCAACAAUUAGUCCUUUCAGAUUUACAGAGCAUCCCUUUGAUCUUCUUGUUGAUAAACAUUUGGAGAAAUGUGAUUACAUGUCAGAGGUCAGAGCUCAUAGUUCAAAGUGGCUGUGUUGUCGACAGUCACGGAGGAAGAUCUGGUAGGUCUCAUGUGAACAUAUGAUUGGGUCCUACGUACAGAUAACUGUUUGAUUCAGAAUUCUGAUUGGGACUGAUUUUGGUAAUGGCUGAUUGGGUCAGUCUUAUCUGUCGCAUUGGGAACUAAUGCAGGUACACCUAAAUCUAUGCUAAACAAGAGGUUUUUGGACAUUGACACCCAGAAGCCAUCCACUGCUUCAUGUAAUUAGAACAAUGCUCAGAGAAACAAGAUAAUCUCAUCAAUAACAUGUGUUAGUGAUACCUUCAUUCUCCUCUGCUGCAAAUUUAGAGAACAUAUGAUGACAGUAUUAUUGUUUUUAUGCAGCUUUGUUUUUCUCCCCCC